UGGGAAUGAGGGGUCUUGUCCAUGUUUGGGGGGGCCCAGCACCCCGUGGGGGAGCAGUCGCGCUAGCCCCCCCUCCGCAAACACCCUGAAGGAAUGAGGUCACGUGGGGUGACACUCCCGGGUCCCCCCACCCCUGACCCCGGCAUCAUGCAUCGGACCACACGCAUCAAAAUCACGGAGCUGAACCCUCACCUCAUGUGUGCCCUGUGUGGGGGGUACUUCAUCGACGCCACCACCAUCGUGGAGUGCCUGCAUUCCUUCUGCAAAACUUGCAUCGUGCGCUACCUGGAGACCAACAAAUACUGCCCCAUGUGUGACGUGCAGGUCCACAAGACCCGGCCGCUGCUGAGCAUCAGGUCUGACAAAACCCUCCAAGACAUUGUCUACAAGUUGGUCCCCGGGCUUUUUAAAGAUGAGAUGAAGCGACGACGGGACUUCUACGCGGCGUACCCGCUGACGGAGGUCCCCAACGGCUCCCACGAGGACCGCGGCGAGGUCCUGGAGCAGGAGAAAGGCGCCCUGAGCGACGACGAGAUCGUCAGCCUGUCCAUCGAGUUCUACGAAGGGGGCAGGGACCGAGAGGAGAAGAAGGGCCCCGUGGAGAACGGGGAUGGGGACAAGGAGAAGCAGACGGGGGUGCGCUUCCUGCGGUGCCCGGCAGCCAUGACGGUCAUGCAUCUUGCCAAGUUCCUCCGCAACAAGAUGGACGUGCCGAGCAAGUACAAGGUGGAGGUUUUAUACGAGGACGAGCCACUGAAGGAAUACUACACGCUCAUGGAUAUCGCCUACAUCUACCCGUGGCGGCGGAACGGCCCGCUGCCCCUCAAGUACCGUGUCCAGCCAGCCUGCAAGCGGCUCACCCUGCCCUCGGCGCCCACGCCCUCCGAGGGCACCAAUACCAGCGGGGCAUCCGAGUGUGAGUCAGUCAGCGACAAGGCUCCCAGCCCUGCCACCCUGCCAGCCACCUCCUCCUCCCUGCCCAGCCCAGCCACUCCCUCCCAUGGCUCUCCCAGCGCCCACGGCCCCCCGGCCACGCACCCUACCUCCCCUACUGCCCCAUCCGCUGCCAGUGGGGCCGCCGCAGCUGCCAACGGGGGCACCUCGAACUGCCUGCAGGCCCCUUCCUCCACCAGCAGGGGGCGCAAGAUGACUGUCAACGGAGCUCCUGUGCCCCCCUUAACUUGAGGAAAGGGACCCUCUCCCUCCUUUCUAGCCAUGCCUCUCCAUUCCCUCCACUUUUUCUGGGCCCUUUUUUCCACCUCUUUUACUUUCCCCAGCUCCUUCCACCAUAGGGGUGAGGGGCGGGUUUUAUAAAUAAAUCUAUAUAUAUAUGUACAUAGGAAAACCCAAAUAUACAUACUUAUUUUCUAUGGACCAACCAGAUUAAUUUAAAUGCCACAGGAAACAAACUGUAUGUGUGUGUGUGGUGGGGGGCAUGGGCCAUUCAUUUUAGGGGGUCUCUGAUCUGCCCUUCUCAUUUAGGGGGUGCUGGAGGUGGCCCCCAGGAGCCCCAGUCAAGGGAUGCCCCCUACCCGCUGUUUCCCAAGGCAGAUGGGGGCAUGGGGCAUUCCCCCUGCAGCCCCCAAAGCUUUAGGCACACUCUGACCGGCUGUGUGGUGGGGCCUGCCCUGCCUCCCUCCCACCUGGGCCACCACCCUGGCCCGGCCCGGCCCUGCCCGGCGCCCGUGUUGAAUGUCCACAGAAUCGCUCAGUGCCUUUCCCAGGUGCAGCUGGCCCCUGGUUCUGAGGAGCAAGUGGGCAGUGGAGAUGGCGUCUCCCUCACCUCCUCCUCUGGCAGUGGAAACUUUGUGUAGAGAACAGACAGUUCUGCCUCUUCCUCCAACCCCUGCUUGUGUGGCCUUGGCAUCGGUAUGGUGUGAGAGAAGUUCAGGCCCUGGAGGCCUCAGCCCGCACCUCCCUCGCCCAGGACCCCGCACUAGGAGGGCUGGGGGCCCAGAGUGCAGGGUGGGGCUGGCGUUAGCCUCAGAUAAGCACAGACCCCAGACUUCACCCAAGGCGAGCAGCCCUCCAGCCCCCUCCCCACCCUCAGUGAGGCCAAGGCGGGAGACUGGGGCAGAGGCAUCGAGAAGCACAAGGUGAGAGAAAGCUGCCAGCCCAGGCUCUAGGGGUGGCUCCAGCGGUUCCCCACCUGGAAAUGUACAGAUAUCUCGAGGAGGGGAGGAGCAAGGCCCGAGCCCCCCACCCUGGCCUUUGUGUGUGGCUGGGGUCCCCAGUGGGCUUGUCUGUGUUUGCACCGUGUCCUGUGUCUGAGGGCCUGUGACUGUACCCUCCUCUGCUCUGGGACAUUUGUAUCUCCUGGCUUUGUAAUAAAUGCUGCAUACU